AUGUCGACAAUCUCACGAACAUUGUCCAACCUGCGCAAGGUUGGAAUCAAGGCAUGUGACACCAAGGCUGGUCGUCUGAUUGGCACCGAUCGCGCCGGCAACAAGUUCUUCGAGAACAACGAGGAACUCCCCCUCCGAACACGCUGGGUCGAGUACGCCAAGCACGACUACGACGCCGCUCACAUUGAGCCUGGAUGGCACGCCUGGAUCAGCUACAGCGUCGACAAGCCUCCUACCGAGGACCCCCUACUACAAACCGGUGUCCGAGCCUUUGAGCCCUCACGCGCCCUCCCCAACUUUACCCAGACCCGCGGCGCUUUCAAGACUUACAACACUUCCAAGUCCAAGAUCUCGGCAUGGGAGCCUGUGGCGGCGCCCCGGGCAUGA